AUGCAGAGAAAAAAUAUACAAAAUAAAUUAAAAGAAUAUUUUGAAAAUGACAAACUAGGAUUACCAUCAGCACAAUUUUAUAAAAAAUUGGAUCUUCGUCUUUUUAAUUAUAAUAAUGUCAAUUGGAAGCAUAACCAAAAUGAGUUAAAAGUGUAUUAUAAAAUGUGUGAAACUUUCCAUAGUACACAUAAAAGUGAUUUUUUUAGAAGACUUUGUUCAGUACUCCUAUGGCAUCUAAGUACUGCAAAUACAAUAAUGAAUGAAAGAAAUAAUGACUACAAUAAUUGUGAACUUUUGAAUUAUUGGAUAUACAGUAGAUUAUCUUGGAUGUAUAAUAAGGAACAUGCUCCUAUUAUUAAUAUGUUUGCUAAAAUUCAAAUGUUAUGGAAUUCUCUUGUUGAAGAUCCUGUAAAUAGAUCAUUUUACAAUAAAUGUAGUCCAAAAUUUAAUAUGCCUUAUCAACAUAACUUAAUGAGAAGGAAAAGGUUAUAUGAUUACUGCAUUGAUUAUAAUGCACUUCUUAGUAUUGCUAAGCUCUAUAAGGAUAAUCGAGAUAUCAUUUGUGAAUAUUUUAAAAGAAAAACUGAAUUAUAUCAAGAAUUUAAGAAGUAUUGUGAUGAAAAAAAUAAUUAUAAGUGUCCAGAAUUUUUUAAUAAAUGCAAGGAAUAUAGUCCAUCCAAAGCGUUAACUGAGAUUAAUAAUUAUACUGAAGCGGAUAAAAGUAUUUCUGAGAAUUCUUCCGUGCAAAGUAAAGAUACAUUUUCCGCUCAUACAAGUGCAGAAAGGGAAACAUCAUUAGAAGUUCAAUCCGCUACAUUACAUACAAAAGCAUCUGGUGGUCAUCUUGUAUUAUUGGAUGAACUUGCUCAUGGAGAUGAUUCCUUAUUAAAAGUGUAUGAAACAGAAGAAUUUGCUGAUUUAUUUAUAUAUCGUGACAGAUCUAGUAUUGUAAGUGUUUUUGGAAAAACAUUUCUUGGAUUAAUUUUAUUUACUAUAGUUUCUUCCAUUUUGUACAAAUUUACACCUAUAGGAAUUCAGUUGCGUAAAAUAGUUGGACUGAAAAAAAAUAUUAUAAGUGACAUAAAUAGAAGUAAAAAUGUUUUAUUUGAUUACUCAUCAGAAUCAUGUAAUUCAAAUUAUAUGAAUGGACAAGAACAUUUUGUAGUGUACCAUCCUGAUUAA